UAUAUAGUUUUGUACAACAAUUCGCCGUGAAUAGUCGCGUUAUCGUCUGACUCGAAGAAGGAUCUUUCUACUUGGACCGAGACCGUUUUAAAAAUUCUUCAAGUGCCGUCAAUUUGCUACAAUCUUCGAGAUAAAAUAAGAAUACUAAAAUGCUGAAAUUGGAGGUAGAUCAUUUUUGAUCAAAUUUCAAGUUUAACGCGAACUGAUGAAAACAGACGGAAAAAUGUGUCCGGACAAUGAACGAGUACCACCGACAGUGUACCCCGAGUUGGAGGAGGAAAACACGGAGAACGAGACGAAGAAUGAUAGAUUAGCAGAGACGGAGGAUUUUUUGGCAGCAGACGAGAGCUACAGAAGCAGCAUGGCGGAAUACGUUCCCCGUAUUGCUUGGCCAGACCUUCUUGCGCAAAUUUUCAUUCACGCGGGCUGGCUUUACGGACUCUACCUCAUUUUAACGCAAGCCAAGCUUCUCACAGCUCUAUGGGUGUUCGUGACUAUAUACACUUCCGGGUUCGGUAUAACUGCAGGUGUGCACAGAUUAUGGUCCCACCGAGCUUACAAAGCAAAAUGGCCGCUUCGAUUGGUCCUGAUGUUCCUCUUCACCAUCACUGGACAGAAAGACGUGUACACGUGGGCAUUGGAUCACAGGGUGCACCAUAAGUACAGCGAAACUGAUGCAGAUCCGCAUAAUGUGAAAAGAGGAUUCUUUUUCGCCCACGUCGGCUGGCUUUUCAUAACGCCGCAUCCUGACGUGAUCGCGAAGAGAAAAGCGGUGGAUAUGAGCGACUUGGAGGCUGAUCCAAUUGUCAUGUGGCAGAAAAGACUUUUUAUUCCUCUGUUCGCGCUGUUAACCAUUGGACUUCCGGUGGCAGUGCCGUGCUAUUUCUGGUCAGAAUCCCUGUGGAUCUCUUUCUGGGUGAACUUCAACUUCCGUUUCUGUAUAACACUUAACAUUGCCUUCUUCGUAAACAGCGUGGCGCAUAUGUGGGGUCAACGACCUUACGACAAGUACAUCUCUCCGGUGGAGAACGUAGCAGUGUCCAUAGCCGCGUUAGGCGAGGGCUGGCACAAUUUCCACCACGUAUUCCCAUGGGACUACAAGACAGGAGAGUUGGGGAACUAUUCCUACAACUUAACCACAGCGUUCAUCGACGCUUUCGCAUAUCUUGGUUGGGCAUACGAUCGCAAAUACGUUUCUUCGGAGAUGGUUCGACGCAGAGCGAACAGAUCUGGCGAUGGCAGCCAUAUUUGGGGAUACGGCGACAAGGAUAUCCCGAUCGAGGAUCUGAAGGAACUGAAAUUGAUGGACAAGAAGAAACAGUGACGUGAAUGUUUCCCUCCGUGAUUACACAC